AUGGCGACCACCGAGCGUACGCACCUGCUGACGCGCAGCCUCAGCGGCUCAUGGGAGAAUGGCCACAUGAGCGUCAAGCCCUACGGACCGGCCGUGACGCUGGCCAUGGCGCUCAACUACGUGAUCGGCACCGGCUGCUUCGGUCUUCCGUACGCGUUCAUGGAAGGUGGCAUCGUACUGGCACUCGUACUCAUGAUCGUGGGCGUCUUGGGCUCUCUACUCACUAUGAACUACACACUCGAGUCCCUCGCACGCGCAGAAGGAGUGUGCGCAGCCACAGGCGGUGGCGCCCCGCGUCACGAGAUCACGUACCGCAAAUUCGAGUUCGCUACAAUCGCCGAAAUGUUCGUGGGGAGACUGGGCAAAGCGGCGGUGCAGCUGGUCAUGGGCUCGUACUGCAUCGGCUCGCUCUGGUCGUACGCCUCUGUCUUCUCGUCAUCUACAGCCUCUCUCUUCUUCACGUACGUGUUAGGCGAGUCUUGUGACGUAUACGGCGACGACGUCUCCUCGGGUUGUUUGGAGGGAUAUUACGUAUUCAUGGCUAUCUUCUCAGCUAUCGUGCUGUCUAUGGUGCUCAUGGACAUCAGCGAUCAAGCGCUAGUACAGAAAUUCCUCUCUGUAUACCGUAUAGUGGCCUUCGCACUCAUGUUCAUCACUAUGACAAUCAAAGUGGCGAGCGACGGGAGCGAAGCGGUGGCGUCUCGCUAUGCUGCGAUUGGAGCUGUCAACUGGGGCAACUUUGGCAAAGCGUUUGGCCCCACCCUGCUGGCUCUAAACUGCCAAUACAACAUGCCAGACGCUCUACAGCCUCUGACUCCCAAGUCCAAGGCGCGUUUCGUGGUAUUUGCCACACUUUUGAUUGCCGGGACGUGUUACCUGCUUGUGGGUCUGCUUGGUGCGCUCUCAUUCGACAAGAUUAACCCUCUAGCAACGCUCAUGUGGAGCUCGUACACUGGCUGUGGCAAUGGGUGGGGAGAAUGCGACCACGCGAACCCUGUGGGGGUCGUCGUGCAGCUCGUGAUCCUGCUCUUCCCCGUCAUCAACGUCGUGUCGGCGUACCCGAUGGUGGGCGUCACUGUGGGCGACAACAUGCUCAUGUCCUUCCCGUCGCAUCUCACGGAUCGAUUCGGUGAGAAACUCACGCGCAGUCUGUGCCGACUGUCGGUCGCUGUGCCUCCCAUUCUCUUCGCUGUCGUCUUCAAGCGUCUGGACUUCAUCUUCGCUAUUGCAGGACUGUUCGGUUUCCUACUGGGACUCACGAUCCCGUGCUGGUUCCAGGUCAUCGGUAGUCGCUACUGCCAGCAAGUGUGGGGCUUCCCGGGCGCGGCGAUCACCGAGUUCACCGAGCCAAUUGUGAGCUCAGUUCCGUUCGCUAGCUGCUUCUUGGCUCUCACCUUCGUCAUCACUGCAGUGGCAAUUGGCACACUGAAUGCCUGA